AUGCUGUCAAGAAAUCCCAUCCAGAGUGCAAUGUUAAAUGAGGCUUGCACUUUCUCCAAAGACGACUGUAUAAGAGUGUCGUGCGACGAUAAAAAUAAAAUAAAUGUGGGAACUUUAGCGGUUAGUCGCUAUCACCAAAUCCGGCGAUUUUAUCUUGAGGACGACCAACCUGAGUACAAUGACCAUGACUUUCCAUACGCUGGCUCCAAAAUAAUACCAUCAGGGUAUUUGAUUAUGGAAACAAAAGAAAAAACUUCUAGAAAACGAUCAAGAAGUGAAGAGCGACAGAAGGCGCGUGAAACCAACAGGCGCUCAAGGUCGCAUUCUCCCAUCACGAGGAAGGAUGUUGACAAUGAUGGUAGCUUCCAUAAUGAUAAGUAUGGGAGAAUGCAUGUGACUUAUGGCAGAACAGGGCCAAUGAAUAUAUUCAACAGAGCGGGAAUGUUUCAUUCUUCUACUGCUGAAACGCACGCAAACGUUUUCCACCGUAUUUUAAGCGAUAACAAAUUUAAAGGCAAAACUGUUUGUAUGAUCAUGUCUGAUGGUGGUCCGGACUGGUCCACAAAGUCCACCAAAACAUUGAUAUAUCAGGGGCGGCUUUGGAGAGAUUUGAACUUUGAUUACUAUGCAGUGGCAAACCUGGCAGCAGGGCACUCCAAAGAAAAUCCUAUAGAACAUCUGUGGUCGCCACUAUUGAAACAAUUGGUAAGCGUUACUCUACCAAUAACUCUACCAGGUGAAGCAAUACCACCUUCUGAACAGAACAUCUCAGAAGAAGAAAAGAAAAGAAAGAAUAUCAAAGUCUUCGAUAGUGCGAUCGAUCAAUUAAAUUGCUAUUGGAAUAUGACCCACGAUGGAUUUAAAGUUAAACCGGUAAAGAUUGCAUGUGUGGAAGGUGUAAAAGUAUAUUCGGAUCAUGCCGUUAUGAAAGAAUUCUGCAAAUCAGGUAUUAAGAAAAUUCUUGGCACUAGAGCUUUUUUUUUACUUAAACACUGCACAAGGAGGACCAAUAUGUUGGAAUUUGUGAAGUGCAGGGACACCCAGUGCAAUCAUUGCACCACGAACACAGUUAGAAAAACCAAGUUUAUGGAUUACAUCGGAUAAUGUGAAGACAGAAUGUUUACACCAACCUACAGUAAAGACUUAGAGGGACAUUACAGUACCUGGCUGGAAAUGAAAAACAGAGUAAUUCACAUGAAAGAACAAAUGAUAGGAAUAGACAGUGGUUGCCCGUCUCUCCAGGGAAAAACAAGACAAGAGUUAAUGUGUGAACAAGGUUGCAAAUAUGUUCACACAACGAAAACGGACGCAAAUUGUCACAAACUGCUUGUGCAUUAUGGCGAGUGAAGAGGUCGAAAACGAAAGGCCAAUGCAACGUCAUAGUUUCAAAAGACUUGCCAGACUUCAAAAUGUUUCCUGUUGGAAAAAAGGUCCAAGCUGUGGAUCCAGCGAGUGGGUGUUGGCUACAUGGCACUGUGCGGGAUGUCAGUGAGUUUCAUUACUCAAUCAAGUGGACUGGAUAUCAAGCUAAAAACUGGGUUGAGAAACAAAUGUGCAGGGAGCAGCUACUGAAGCGGAGUGGAUUCACUGUGGACAAAUCUAAUUUCCCCAUCUUCAAGUGUCCACAAAAUUUGCAGGCAGGUGACAAGGUAUGCUGCAUUAAAGCUGAUUCUUCAAAGGGACAGACACUUACCAUAUCCAUCAACGACAAAUUCAAGUGCAAGGUGACAACAAUUGAACAAGGUAAUUCAACAAAAGGACG